UGUUAUUGUUGCCGUUCGAUAUUAUUAUGCAGUGUCUGUAGAGUAAAUAUAGCGUAUAACUCAUAAAUAUACUGAUCUUGUAAAGGAGCAAAACUUCGCUCUGUGGGUUUUCAUAUCCUGGUAUCCUCCUGACCUGAUCGCUUUAGCAAAAAGUAAUAAACACUGUAAAGAAGCCAGUGGGAAGUUAUAGCUCACGGGGUCAGUUCAUGUGUCCAUUGCGGCAGUACAGAAGUCCAGUUUUAACUUGAGUAAUAUCAGUUGUUUACUAUUGCGUUGUGUCUAGUUAAAACAGCGUGCAGCUUUGUCUAAGUAUUAUGGGUAUUAUAUACAAAUUAUGGUUGAUUAAAUUACUGGGGAAUUAAAUUUGUUCGCUAUUUAUACAACUUUUAAACAUUAAAUGAUAAGCUGUAGCAUUUCCUUUUCUCUGUAUGCAGUUAAGUGUUUUGGGAGUUCUGUUGAGUUAGGGCAUCUUGUUCUCAGUACGCAGUUGUAGUGUCUGGUCUGAUUAAUGCACUGUGUUAAGGUUACGAUGCAUCAGGGUGAGCUGCAACUCGCCUUAUUGAGAGCAGAGAUCUGAAACAGAUAUGGAUAAAUGUAAACAUGUUGGACGGCUACGACUUGCCCAGGACCACUCGAUUCUGAACCCGCAGAAGUGGCACUGUGUGGACUGUAACACCACAGAGUCGGUGUGGGCCUGCCUCAGCUGCUCGCACGUGGCCUGCGGACGCUACAUUGAGGAACACGCGAUCAAGCACUUUCAGGAAAAGAAGCACCCCGUGGCUCUAGAGGUGAAUGAGCUGUACGUUUUCUGCUACUUGUGCGAUGACUAUGUGCUGAAUGACAAUGCCACAGGGGACCUCAAGUUGCUACGCAGCACGCUAAGUGCCAUCAAGAGCCAGAACUAUGAGUGCACCACUCGCAGUGGCCGAACUCUGCGCUCCAUGGCCAGCGAAGACAUCUCUGCAGGCAGUGUGCAGGAGCUGCUGUGGGAUGAGGACCGCAUGUUCACAGCGCUCUGGCACCGGCGACGCUCCCUAAUGGGGCGUGUCUUCCGUUCUUGGUUCGAGCUGACGGCAGGAGGCAAGCAGCGGACAGAGGAGGAGAGGCUGAGGGAAGAGGCAGAGAUAAGGAGGACAAAGACCCGGGAGAGGAGGCAGGAGCUGAAGCGUCGGCUGAAGGAGGAACUGGAAAGCACCCCUCUGAGGAAAAGCUACCGCCUGCAGGAGCAGAACCAAACAAGCACCCCCACAACGAAGGUGCGGGCAGUUUUGCCCAAGACAGUUAGCAGGAUACCAUUGCCACCACAGCAACAAGCAGCAAGAAGAAAAGUAGCAGCGGCAAUUCAUAAGCAAAGGAAGAUAUGCACAGGGGAAAAAAAAACAGCCACAUCCACCUCGCUCAAAGCAGGCAAGUUAAAGUCUGGAGACUCUCCCAUCAAACGGAGGCCCACAGUAACCCCUGGGGUGACAGGCCUGCGCAAUUUGGGCAACACCUGCUAUAUGAACUCUAUCCUGCAAGUGUUGAGCCACCUACACAUCUUCCGUGAGUGCUUCCUGCAGCUUGACCUCAACCAGGCCCUGGAGCUGCUCGCCAGCGCCGCCAAUGGCAGUGCUCACAAACCCUCAUCCCCCAUCUUAAAGAGGAGGAACUUAUCAGCAGGCCUGAGCGGAGGAGCCUCACGUACGAGGAGCAUGGAGCUUAUCCAGCCCAAGGAGCCCAGCUCCAAACACAUUUCCCUGUGCCACGAGCUGCACACUCUUUUCCAGGUGAUGUGGUCGGGGAAGUGGGCCCUGGUGUCCCCCUUUGCCAUGCUCCACUCGGUGUGGAGGCUUAUCCCAGCCUUUAGGGGCUAUGCCCAACAGGAUGCUCAGGAGUUCCUCUGUGAGCUCUUGGAUAAAGUGCAGCGGGAACUGGAGACCACGGGCACUGUACAGCCUGCCCACAUGCCUGCCUCCCAGAGGAAGCUUAUCAAACAGGUCCUGAAUGUAAUCAACACCAUAUUUCACGGGCAGCUUCUCAGUCAGGUUACCUGCCUUGCCUGUGACAAUAAAUCCAAUACCGUAGAGCCAUUCUGGGACUUGUCACUGGAAUUCCCUGAAAGGUACCACUGCUACGGAAAAGAAACUGCCUCGCAGUAUCCCUGCCUGCUGACAGAAAUGUUAGCAAAGUUCACAGAGACAGAAGCCUUGGAAGGGAAGAUAUAUGCAUGUGAUCAGUGCAACAGUAAGCGUAGGAGAUUUUCUUCUAAACCAGUCAUCCUGACAGAAGCUCAGAAACAGCUCGUGGUCCACAAACUGCCUCAGGUCUUGAGGCUGCACCUUAAACGUUUUAGGUGGUCAGGUCGCAAUCAUCGUGAGAAAAUUGGAGUCCAUGUCGGCUUUGAUCAGAUACUGAACAUGGAGCCCUACUGCUGUAGGGAUUCCACAGGGACCCUUAGGCCAGACUGUUUUGUAUAUGACUUGUCUGCUGUGGUGAUGCAUCAUGGAAAGGGAUUUGGCUCAGGACACUACACUUCGUAUUGCUAUAAUACAGAAGGAGGGUUCUGGGUGCAUUGUAAUGAUUCCAAGUUAAACAUCUGCACUGUGGAGGAAGUGUGUAAGGCACAGGCCUACAUACUCUUUUAUACCCAGCGUGUUUCUCAGGAGAAAGGACCAUCUCUUUAAACAAUGCCUCACUAGAGUAAUCCUCCAGCAGCUGAACACCAGCAUGGCAUUGAAAAGGGUAACCCUUCACUUAAAAACAUCAGCACAUCCAAAGACAUUGGGCUGUAUUUUCCUCGGUGGGCAAACUGCCCACUCCAUAGGAAAUGGAUAAGCUGGGCAGUUUGCACACAGGGAAAAUCAGGCCCAUUUAGUCUUUGUACACUGUUUAGACUUUUCUUUGUGAAUAUGAAGUAUUGAUACAAAGUAUUGAAUACAAUACUAGUUUAAGGUUCCUCCUUUUGUGAAUUAAUGUACAUUUUGUUUAUAAUGUUUUGUAAUACAAUGUUUGUAAACUGCAUUUUGUUAAGAAUAAGUGUAUAUACAGCUGUAAUUGAUUUAAAUUGAUCAAAAUAACUGCAUGUAUGUAGCAACUGUUCAAGCAUUUUAAACAAGUUGAACUGCCAUGAGGAAAUUCUGUAGUCUGUUUUGCUAUGAUCUUUCAGAAAGUAUUCAUUUUAAAAUACUGUUCUGAGAAUGAAUACAUAUCUAUAUACUUGCUUUUCAACUGAACAAUCUCAGUUACUGUGGACUUCCUGUAGAAUGUUCCCAGAAUAUUUGUUAAUAUUAGUUAACAAUCAGGUAAGAUUUUUUUUUUCAUUACAGGAAUUUCCCCUACUGGGGGGGAGGUGGGGGGACACACGAAUAUGAAUAAUCUUUCAUGACUUGUUCAGUACCCAGUCAAAAUAUAAGGAAGUCCUGCAACUAGUCCUGGGUUUCAAAUUGCCUUUAUAAAAUGUGUUAUAAAAAUGAUAAUGUGCCAGCAGUCAGACUCAUGCCAAACGCCUACAUAGUUACCUGGGUGUUUUCUGUGUAAUUAAUACAUUGAACACAUACAAGUGAAAGUUAUUACAGGCAGGAUAACUCCUGUAGUUACUCUGUCCCUAUGCUUUGGCUGUUUUCUCAGAACAGGUCUGAAAUAUUUUAAGUAAUUUGAUCCCUUUGUUGCUUAAUGUCCAAUAUAUUUGACAUUAAGAAAAUAGGCAUUAAAUGGGGAUGGGAACAUAUCCUGGGCAGUAAAAGGUUAUUCUAAAACCUGUGGUAUACUUGAGCAGCUUUUCCCAUGAAGCCGAAACUGGUUUUGCUGUAAUGUACUACAGGAAUACACAAUGCAAAAUAUCUAUAUUUUCAUAUUGUGAUAUAAAUGCUUUAGCAUCACACGCUUCAUAGGUGUAAUCAUUUUUGAAUCACAAGGUAUUCCCUUUAUUAAUUUUUUUUUAAUUUUGGUAACCAAAGCUCUGGGUAAUGCAACAUAAAAACAGUUCUGAGAGGUAGUUAGUUUAGUAAUGCAAGUGUCUUGAUGUACAUGUAGAUUUGUAGAUGUGAAUUCUCGUUUGUUUUGCUGUCUUUGAUAUGCCUUCAGGGAAAGUGGUGUACUGAUCUAUUUAGGAGAUUGCAGUGUACGAAUGCACAGGGCUUGCCAGGUAUUCAGAUUGGUCUUUGACCCUCCAGGAUUUAUUUUUUGUUUUUAUUCUCAUCAAAAAAGUUUGUUAAUUGCAAAACAGAGCCAUUUUCGGAAUGAAAGCUCUGAAUCAAAAUGUCUUCACUUAUCCAUUUUAAAUGUAUUAUAGAUAAGCGAUUUUAAUCUUUUUUUUUUUUUCUUCACUAUAUUGACCUGAAAUCUGUAUUGCAACCUUGCAUUCAGCCUUGGUGCAGCCUUAACUAAAAUUAGAUAAAAUGAGAACAGGCUAUAUAAUUAAUUCAAAACACUAUGUCAGAAUACUAUUGAAAAUAUGACCAUGUUUUGCAAUUUUAUAGGUUUCUAAUUUGGAAUACCAAAACAUUUUAAAGGGAAGCCCAAAUCUGAAUGUUUAGCAAACCCCUAUUGGAAACAUUUAGCUCAGCUGAAUUAACCAGUUUAACAUUUUGGUUUAUACUUUUCUACAGUCAUAUUUAAAAUAGGCAAAAUAGUCGAGCACAGCACUGUUGCAAUGGGUGUUUUUUGUUUUGUUUUUAAGAUAUUUGUAAAAAUUCAGUGUUCUGUAGUAUAUUGUCUUUUUUUUAUUUUUUCUGAUGUAAAUCUUUGGAAGUAAUACUAUGCAAAUUGUUACCUCAAUUUUAGAUAACUUUACCUCAAUAAACUGAGAACGUUUUUACAAAAAAUAACAUAAAAAAUAAAAACAAGUUCUUUGCAUUCUGGCUCAUUUUAUUUUGCUUGAUUUAAUACCAGACAUUUGUGUUCCAUGGUUACUGUGUAGCCUUCUUGUGCCUAGGCAAUUGUUCUAAAAUACUUUUAAAUGGGACCUACAUGUAAUAUGCAGUUUAUUUACAUCACG